GAAAAGCUGGGUUGUAAAUUUGGAGAAAUAUUCUAGCAAAGCUGUGAGACAAUCCUCGAGAACAUCUUGAACAUCCUCAAGAUCAUAACAUAUUCGUCACAUCGUUUCUCAUCUUAAAUAUCUUUCCCUAAGUUUUGGAAAAGACGGAAAAAACGUCGAAAUGCACUUCUCAACAAUAAUCUCGGCACUUUUCCUAGCGGUUACGUCAUUUGACGCGGCCACUGCUGCAAAUAACGUGGUUUACCCUCGUCAGGCUUGUGGCAUCGCAUUGCUUAAGCUCUACGAACUCCCUAACAGGCCAGGUGUUGUGUUCACGGGGGUUGGAACCCCUGGGGAAUGUCAGAAUUUCACUAACACGGACUGCACGGGGUCUAUGGACACAACCGCCCCUGGAACUACACAAUUUAUUGUUCCUGUGCCCUCCCCUACUGUAAUUGCUGAAUGGAGAAGCUGGAAGUGCGAUGUAUCUUGUCCAUGAAGGGGACAUAACGGCUGACUGUUAUUUUUGACCGUAAGGGAAUGGAUUCAAGGGUGCAGAUUGUAUUACAUAAUCCCGGAGAACUUACUUGGUUUAAAACGUGUCGAUACUUUUCAAUAUAGUACUGUAUCGCCUAAAAUUUUCUUUCAGCUGCGGGUCACUUCGGGGUUGGAAGAAAUAGGUGUUUCCUGGAAUAAAAAACCUACUCUUACUCUCUGAAGACACCAUCAAGGCACAUGGAUAGGCACCGGCUUAAUAUCUGCUCAGAC